AUGCUGAGCAUCAGCCCAAUUGCUCCACUCUACCUCGCUCCUGUGAUUAAGGAGAAGUUGAAUAUGACCACAAUCUUUGAAGAGGAGGAUGGCAAUGUGAAGACCGUCCCAGCCACCAUUUUGUGCGUGAAGAAAGGUGGGAACAUGGUGACCGACAAGCGAUGGCCCGAGAAGCAUGGCCACUACUCGGUUCAGGUGGGUUAUGAGCGCUAUGAGCCCAACAAGUAUGAAAGGAGCGGCAAACGAGCACUUCAGAUUCAGCGCUUGGCACGCAACGAGUGCCCUCCCUUGCGGAAGAUCAAGGACUUCCGCGUGAGGCCACAAGAUUGGGAGAAGUGGGAGGUUGGCCAGAAGAUUUGGCCCUCAGACCUCUUCAAGGAAGGCGACAUCGUUGACAUCCAUGGUUGGGCCAAGGGCAAAGGCUUUGCCGGCCGUAUCAAGCGAUGGGGCGGCAAGCGCGGACCCAUGGGCCAUGGCUCGAAGCAUCACAGGAGAGAGGGUUCCAUUGGCGCUGCUCGGCCGAAGCGCGUCUUGCCACGAAAGAAGAGAGCUGGCUGGAUCGGACCCUUGGCGCAAGACAACAUGCCGGAAUCCAUCAUCGUGGUGAAGGGCUCCGUGCCCGGCUACACCGCGCACUGGGAGUCCGGCGGCUCCUAUGUGUGGCUGCACCCGGCCAAGAAUCGCUCUGAUGGGCGCUUCAAGCGCGAUCCUGUGUGGCUUUGGUACUACCACAAGGGUGAGAGCGCUGACCCCUUGACGCCGAUCCCGGAGAAAGCCUGGACUUGGAAGACCAUGUGGGGCCGCGACGUGCGGUGGAUCACAGCAGAGGUCAAGAAGUAUUGGCCGGACGGCUUCCCCGGCUAUGACCACAUCAUGGAUCCCUUCUACGAUGACUGCGAUCCUCACAUUGCUGUUAAGGCUCCAGAGUGGUAG